AUGAGGAUCCGGAUGGCCGUGAGGUGGACCUGGGCAGGCAAGAGCUGCCUGUUGCUGGCGCUUUUAACAGUGGCCUAUAUCCUGGUGGAACUCUCUGUCUCUACUUUCCAUGCCUCCUCAGCAGCCGGCCUUGCCAGGGAGAGGGGGCCCAAACAGCUCUCAGGCCCGUGGGAAAAGGCAGAGGAGUUGUCUCGACCGCUUUAUGAGAAGCCCCCUGCAGAUUUCCACGCACUUGGGGAGUGGGGGAAAGCCAGCAAACUCCAGCUCAGCCAGGAUGAACUAAAGCAGCAAGAAGAACUUAUUGAGAGAUAUGCCAUUAAUAUUUAUCUCAGCGACAGGAUUUCCCUGCACCGCCACAUAGAGGAUAAAAGAAUGUAUGAGUGUAAAUCCCAGAAGUUUAAUUAUAGGAGACUUCCCACCACCUCUGUUAUCAUCGCUUUCUAUAAUGAAGCCUGGUCGACCUUGCUCCGCACCAUCCACAGUGUUUUAGAAACUUCUCCUGCAGUCCUCUUGAAGGAAAUCAUCCUAGUGGAUGACUUGAGUGACAGAGUUUAUUUGAAGACACAGCUUGAAACUUACAUCAGCAAUCUCGAUAGAGUCCGCUUGAUUAGAACAAAUAAGCGUGAGGGGCUGGUUCGAGCCCGCCUGAUUGGGGCCACUUUUGCCACGGGGGAUGUCCUCACUUUCCUGGAUUGCCACUGUGAGUGUAAUUCUGGUUGGUUAGAACCACUUUUGGAAAGAAUUGGGAAAGAUGAAACGGCAAUUGUAUGUCCUGUGAUAGACACCAUUGAUUGGAAUACUUUUGAGUUCUAUAUGCAGACCGGGGAGCCCAUGAUUGGUGGAUUUGACUGGCGCUUAACCUUCCAGUGGCAUUCAGUCCCCAAACAUGAAAGGGACAGACGGAAAUCGAGAAUUGACCCAAUCCGAUCUCCCACCAUGGCUGGAGGACUGUUUGCUGUCAGCAAGAAAUAUUUUCAGUACCUUGGAACAUAUGACACUGGAAUGGAAGUGUGGGGGGGUGAGAACCUGGAGCUAUCUUUUAGGGUGUGGCAGUGUGGAGGUAAACUGGAGAUCCACCCGUGUUCCCAUGUGGGCCAUGUAUUCCCCAAGCGGGCGCCAUAUGCUCGGCCCAAUUUCCUACAGAAUACUGCUCGGGCAGCGGAAGUGUGGAUGGACCAGUACAAAGAGCAUUUCUACAAUCGAAACCCUCCAGCAAGGAAAGAAGCUUAUGGUGAUAUAUCUGAAAGAAAAUUACUACGAGAACGGCUGAAGUGCAAGAGCUUUGACUGGUAUUUGAAAAAUGUGUUUUCUAAUUUACAUGUUCCAGAGGAUAGGCCAGGCUGGCACGGAGCUAUUCGCAGUAUGGGAAUCUCUUCCGAAUGUUUAGAUUAUAACUCUCCUGACAGUAACCCCACAGGUGCCAACCUUUCACUGUUUGGCUGCCACGGCCAAGGAGGCAAUCAAUUCUUUGAAUACACUUCAAACAAGGAAAUAAGGUUUAACUCUGUGACAGAGUUAUGCGCAGAGGUUCCUGAGCAAAAAAAUUAUGUAGGAAUGCAAAAUUGUCCAAAAGAUGGGUUCCCCAUUCCAGCAAACAUUAUUUGGCAUUUUGAAGAAGAUGGAACCAUUUUUCAUCCCCGCUCGGGACUGUGCCUUAGUGCUUUUCGGACACCUGAGGGUCGCCCUGAUGUUCAAAUGAGAACUUGUGAUGCUCUAGAUAAAAAACAGAUCUGGAAGUUUGAGAAAUAG